GCGAUCAGAUCAACGCUCCUGCACUCACCCUCACGCUCUCACUCCCACUCACCCUCACGCACUUGCUCGCUUCUUCUGCCACUCCUCCACUCACCUGCCUCGUGCUCACCGGCGACUCGACCCGCCAGCCAGAUCUGCAAGAGUUCGUUGAAGCACGCUUGAAGAAACCCCGCGCUCCGUUCCUGACUACUUCAACUCGACACCAUCCCACACUGCCUGCUUCCAUCACCUCCAACCUUUGCUCAAUCAGCCACUCAUCAACAAUGACUCGCUCCCACAAGUACACUGACCGUGACCAUGCCGGCAUUGCCGAUGGCACUGCCGAGCGUGAAUCCAGACUCCCCAAGUACUUUGGCAAAUCCGGCCAUGCCGACACGGACCCAACCAAGACGAAGAAGGGCGGCAGCGGCAAGGGCAAUUGCACCGCACGCCCUUCACUACAUGUCCCCCUUUGCCCUUGGAUCACAUGGUCUGACAGCAGAUGCAGGGGUGCCGCAGGCGACGAAAUCGAGGACAUCAGGCCCAACAUGGCCUAUGCCCGUCGUCGAAGCAACUCGUCAACGCACAACAUGAAGGACUUCAAGACCAAGUUCGAAACCAUCGAGACUGAGCCUGUCUUUGAAGAAUCGAUCCACGGCCCGAUGGGCGAGGAGCUCGAGAAGCAGAGCACCACUUCUGCCGAACACAGCGUUGCUGAGGAGGACCACGGCAAGAAGCUCUAG